AUGGCGGCCUCGAACAACCCGCGGAAAUUCAGCGAGAAGAUUGCGCUGCACAACCAGAAGCAGGCGGAGGAGACGGCGGCCUUCGAGGAGGUCAUGAAGGACCUGAGCCUGACCCGCGCGCACCGGUUACAGCUGCAGAAGACUCAGUACCUGCAGCUGGGGCAGAGUCGUGGCCAGUACUAUGGUGGCUCACUGCCAAACGUCAAUCAGAUUGGGAACAGUGCCAUGGAUCUCCCCUUCCAGCACAACGGAGCUGUGGCAGAAGCCUUGGGAGCAGUUCCUGUCUCUUUGACUCCCUUUCAGUCCUCGGGGCUGGACACGAGCAGGACCACUCGGCACCACGGGCUGGUGGACAGGGUGUACCGGGACAGGAACCGCCUGGGCUCGCCGCACCGCCGCCCGCUCUCGGUGGACAAGCAUGGCAGGCAGGUGGACAGCUGUCCCUAUGGCACUGUGUAUCUGUCACCUCCAUCAGACACCAGCUGGAGAAGGACAAAUUCUGACUCUGCCUUGCACCAGAGCACCAUGGCCCCAGCCCAGCCAGAAUCCUUUACAGGAGGCUCACAGGACAUGCAGCAGAAAAGAGUUCUGCUACUGACUGUCCCUGGAAUGGAGGAACCAACCUCUGAGGCAGACAAAACCCUCUCUAAGCAAGGAUGGGACACUAAAAAGACUGGGUCAUCAAGACCUAAAUCUUGUGAAGUACCAGGAAUCAACAUCUUCCCUUCAGCUGACCAGGAGAACACUACAGCCUUGAUCCCUGCCACGCACAACACGGGCGGCUCCCUGCCAGACCUGACAAACAUCCACUUCCCUUCCCCUCUCCCAACACCCUUGGACCCUGAGGAAUCCACAUUCCCAGCCCUGAGUAGCUCCAACAGCACUGGGAAUCUUGCUGCCAACCUGACUCACUUGGGCAUCAGCACUGCCAAUCAGGGAAUGUCGCCGCCGGCAGCGCCGUCCCAGCACCGCCCCCCCACCGGCAGCCCUCUGGCCCUGAGCGCCGACUCCAGGCGACCACAGGCACAGCAGAUGUCUCCUACACUGUCCCCUCUGUCACCAAUCACUCAGGCCGUGGCCAUGGAUGCUUUGUCCCUGGAGCAGCAGCUUCCCCCCUACCCCUUUUUUACCCAGACAACUUCCCAGCAGCAGCAGCAGCCCCAGGUGGCCAGCACCCUGCCUCAGAACACUCCUCUGCUGCAGAGCUCUGGCUUGCAGCGAGGCCCUCAGCUGCCUCCUCUCUCUGUCACGGUGCCCUCCUCCAUGCCCCAGUCCCCGCCGGGCAGCCAGAGCCAGCCGGCUAUGGGCAUCGACAUCAACUCGGCCUCCCUCCAGCAGUACCGCAGUAAUGCUGGCUCCCCAGCCAACCAGUCUCCCACCUCUCCUGUCUCCAAUCAAGGCUUCUCUCCUGGCAGCUCCCCUCAACAUUCUUCCAUUCUGGGCAGUGUAUUUGGUGACUCCUAUUAUGAUCAGCAGAUGACAGCUAGGCAGGCUAAUGCCCUAUCCCACCAGCUGGAGCAGUUCAACAUGAUUGAGAAUGCCAUCAGCUCCAACAGCCUCUACAGCCCCUGCUCCACCCUCAACUACUCCCAGGCAGCUAUGAUGGGACUCACAGGCAGCCAUGGCAGCCUGCAGGACUCGCAGCAGCUCAACUACUCCAGCCAUGGGAACAUCCCCAACAUCAUCCUGACAGUGACAGGAGAGUCUCCCCCCAGCCUAUCAAAAGAACUGACCAGCUCCUUGGCAGGGGUGGGGGAUGUCAGCUUUGACACGGAUUCCCAGUUCCCCCUGGAUGAACUCAAAAUCGACCCUCUGACCCUGGACGGGCUGCACAUGCUGAACGACCCUGACAUGGUGCUGGCCGACCCUGCCACAGAGGACACCUUCCGGAUGGACCGGCUGUGA